AAUGAAAUCAGAUAAAAAUGUAAAACGCCCGUGACGACACCAGCAGUGACGUCAGGGAUGCUGAGUAAAAAGUCGCGUCGCGCGCUGGGGCGAGCACGCGCGCGUUCACGGACUCGCAUCAGCAUCACAAGAUGGGCAACGUUCAACCAACUGUAACUCCUUAUGAAGACUUCGAUGUUGUGGCGGACAUCAAGGCAAUACGUAAGGCCUGCAAAGGAAUGGGGACAGACGAGGAGGUCAUCAUUUCCAUUCUAGCAAACCGCUCUGCAGCCCAGCGGGUGGAGAUCAAACAAGCCUACUUUGAAAAAUAUGACGACGAGUUGGAGGAAGUCUUGAAGAAUGAACUCACGGGAAACUUUGAGAAAGCUAUUAUGGCCAUGCUGGACCCGCCUCACAUCUUCAUGGCUAAAGAGCUGAGGAGAGCUAUGAAGGGAGCCGGGACAGACGAGGACGUGCUGGUGGAGAUCCUCUGCACCAGCAACAACCAGGAUAUUAUGAAUUGCAAAGAGGCGUAUAUGCAAGUUCAUGAGCGGGAUCUGGAGGCUGACAUUGAAGAUGACACUAGUGGAGAAGUGAGGAAUCUUCUGGUUUCUCUCCUACAGGCCAACAGGGAUGAGUCUUAUGAAGUGGAUGAAGCACUGGCAGAACAAGAUGCAACAUCAUUGUUUGAGGCGGGUGAAGGUCGCUUUGGAACAGACGAGUCCACUUUCACCUACAUCCUCACUCACAGGAACUACCUACAGCUUCAGGCCACCUUCAAGAUAUAUGAAACUCUCUCUGGAACAGAUAUCCUGGACGCGAUAGACAGCGAGGCUGCAGGGACACUGAAGGACUGUUACAUUACUCUGGUGCGAUGCGCUAAAAACCCGCAGCUGUUCUUCGCCCGUCGUCUGAACGCUGCCAUGAAAGGAGCCGGGACGGACGAGGACACGCUCAUACGUGUUACUGUGGGGCGCUCCGAGGUGGAUUUGGAGACCAUCAAGGACAUGUACUUGGAGAAAUAUGACGUGACCCUGAAGGAUGCCCUGAGCUCCGAGUGCGGGGGAGACUUCAAGCGCCUGCUCAUAGAAAUACUUCACUGAGUCGCCGUCAGGUGGAGCCAAUAACUAACCCUACUGAUGAAAGAAAGUCCUUACAACACUGCCUAGAAUAACACAUCGCACACGAUCACUUACAUCACCUCUCACUGUACAAGAGAACACAUGUUAUCAGUGCAAUUAGAACGGUGCUUAAUUAUGGGUUGAAUCAUUGCCGUAACACAUUCAAGAUCUAAAAAGGUGCUCCAUUUGACAGUUUUAGAGUUUUUAUUGCAGUACGUUUGACCUCUGCAUUAACUCCCAACACACGUGCCUUGAUAAAGUCAUGAGUGACAGCUCAGUACUUCAUCAUUCAUUUCUUUACAGGACAAAUCGUGGAGCACGAUUUAUUUAAUAACGUCUGUUCACGCAGGAUCUUUGUCUGUUUUCACAUCUAUAAACCAAAUAUUUAGUAAGUCAGUCUUUGAUAAUGCUUUGUAACGCUGUUAGUACUGUAAAGCAGCGCUGUGAACCUAUUAUUGCAAUGCUUAGAAAUACGCCUGUUUUUGGAGGUAGCGCAAAAAGGUGUGCAAAGAAACUGAAUUUGAUUAAAAAUAUCAGGUGGUGAAAGAAUAUUGAGUGUGCAUUAUCAAUAAAGCAUGUUGAAGUAGAUUA